GCGAGCGCACCCUGAAGCGUCAUUUGCAUUUUGUAACACUCGUCGAAGCGCAGCACGUCGGACCACUCAACUUCGUACCUGCUGCUUUCCUACGGGGGAUCUCAAACAAGCCAUUCACGUGCGCUCAUCAUAUGCAUGCAAUGAAAAGAACAAACAUGGAUGCAAACAUGGACGGCACACAUUCAUAAACCAGUGUCGUUCCUGUAGCACCAUGAUUGAGCGUGGCAGCUCCCAAUUACCGGCUCUUCUCCUCCUCCCGUUCCUCCUCCUCUCGUCUUCCCUGGAGCUUCCCCACCGUCCACUCAUGCAUCCCCUGGUCCCCACCUUGGUCCCCCAUCGUCCAACUCCUCUGGUGCGGUCCCGCUUCAGCGCCCGCCCUCACCUGGCCUUGACCACCCACUGCAACUCCAGCUGCUUCCAUCGUGCAGGGGCACCAGGCCACCAGUCUGCCGACAACCUAGCCUUUGAGACCCUCUACUCGGAUGGCUCUCGCACGCUGACCACCGUGGACGUGGAGGACGCCAGUCUGGUGGACCGGAUGCCCAGCCACAGGAUGGGACGCCGGCGUGUGAGACGCCAGAUCUACGGUGCAGACGGCCGCUUCAACAUCCAGGGUGACAACUUCCUGCUGGACUACCCGUUCUCGGCGGCUGUACGCAUCUCCACGGGCUGCACCGGCGUCCUGGUGUCGCGUUGGCAUGUCCUGACCGCCGCCCAUUGCCUCCAUGACGGCAAGGAUUAUGUCAAGGGGGCGCGCAAGCUCCGAGUGGGCUUCCUCAUCCCACCGUCCGUCAACACGACCGUAGCGGAACCCUCGUCCGGGAAGAAGCCCAUGGUGCGCUGGGUGCGGGUGAGGCGCACCCGGGUCCCUAAGGGGUGGAUCCAGGGUCCUCAGGAGCUAAGCAUGGACUUUGACUACGCCCUUCUGGAGCUGCGCUGGCCCCACCGGCGGUCAUUUAUGCGGCUCGCCGUGGCACCUUCCCCGGAUGGCCUGGCGGGUCGCCGCAUCCACUUCUCGGGUUUUGACAGCGACCGACCUGGAGAGCUGGUUUAUCGUUUUUGCCCGGUGGAAGAAGAGUCGAGCGACCUGAUCUACCAACACUGCGACGCUCGGCCGGGGGCCAGCGGGUCGGGCGUGUACGGCCGCGUGUGGGACAACUCUUUGGAACGCUGGGAGAGGAAAGUCAUUGGGAUCUUUUCGGGGCACCAGUGGCUGGAGGUGGACGGAGAGAACCGUGACUACAACGUGGCCGUGCGCAUCACUCCGCUCAAGUUUGCACAGAUUUGCUACUGGCUGCACGGAAAUCGUCUGGACUGUUCGCACGACUGAGACGAAAGAGGGACUCGGUCGUGAAAUAACAGCCACCCGUGAGGAGGGUACCCAGUUGUAACAACCAGUUUUUGUAAUGCAAGCAAUCUCACACGAGAUGACAAUAAGACAAGCAUGGGUGUACUAGCUGCAACAAGUUAUUGUUGGCAUGAUCGUUGGAGACAUUUGACAACCAGACCCAAUUUCCGGUAACACUUACAGAACCAGUAUUUUUAACAUUUACUAGAUGGCCUUGAUUGUUUUUUGGAGACUACACACCAGGAAUCAGACAUCUGAGAAUCUGGCAUUUGCUGAUUUUGAUCAGCUGCUCAUAUUCAUCCUGUUUUUUGAUACGCAAUUAUCCUGCUCAACCAUCACCAUGGCAUGCAUCUCUUGUGCAGUGUUAAUAUCUAUCUUUUCUAGAUGAAAAACACUUUUAUAUUCAUUUACAUAGUUUACACAGCAAAGGUUUAAUUCAACACCUUGAAUGAACUUUCUUUCAUCUGAACAAGAAACACGUUAUGAGCUUGAGAGAUAGAUUGUUGUAAUUUUAUUUUUGGAUAAAUGCUUGAUAUAUUUUAAUAAAGAGAUUUUAUGACAGGACUGGAAUCGUCAGUUGAGCAGGAAUUAGAAGUGGUGCGGUGGCGCCCUCUUGUGGUUAUGAGCUUUCUUACACAUUGAGGUGAUGUGACGAUUAACAAAGAAAAACUAAUUUCAAGAGCAUAGCCUGAUGUCCUCCUUCCCAAAGUGCCACUAAUCAAACAAUACUUGCAUGAGUUGUCAAUUGUUGGACCCGUGGUGCAAUUACUCAGAUUCAUAAGCCAUUUUGCAUAUUUGAAUCCAAUUCUGCUGAACAUUUUGAUGAUCCAAUUUGAUGUAUAAGAAAAUCAAGCCAGUCAGUAGUUUAGUGCUUUUUUUUUAUUAGAUAGGAGACGAUACAAAACAUCCACCAUUCAAUAUUCAGUCUCAAAUCUGGUCACCGGUGUUUCAUUUACACAUUGCUCUCCAUCAAGACCUUCACAACGCCAACAUUUUAUUUCUUUCCCAAUGAGAUAAUGGUUUGAAGAAAAAAAAAAAAAAAAAAAAAAAGGUACGAGGAAUGUGUGAACUACAUCAAAUGCCGUUGUCAGAACGGGGAAGAAAAAAAA